AUGGGCCUCGCCGGCCGCGCCCUCAUCGUCGCCGCGCUAACCGCCGCGGACCCGACCGCUGAGACGCUUCGGGAGUGGAUCGGCGCCAUGAAGAUUAAUGUCCCGAGCCGCUACGAGGACACCUUCAGCGGCGUCAAGAUCAAGGUGUCGGACAUGCAGUGCGAGGAUUUGGUCGUCGGCGCCAUGGCCGCGGCGUACGAGGCGCCGCGGUCGCUCGCGUUCCGCUUCGACGGCAUCGAGGCGAGCUGCGAGGGCGACUACGACUGGAAGUACGAGAGCUGGGUCGGCAACAUCAAGGGCGACGGCAAGCUGCGCGCGUCGAUCCACCGCACGUCGGCGGCGUUCACCGUGACGAUCAACGCCGACGACUGGGGCGCGCCGACGGAGCUCGUGACGGCGGACUGCGCCAUGGAUUUGGCCGUCGACGACGUCGACGUCCGCGGCGACCCGGUCGGCGACGCGGCGAACCUCUUCGUGGACUCGUUCACGGACUGGUUCCUCGAGGACAUCGAGGGCUUCGUCUGCGACAGUCUGGAGGAGUACGUCUACGCGAACGUCGGGUCCCUGUUGAAGGACGCGGGCCUGCAGAACUGCGAGUGCUGCGACCGCGACGACGGCGUCGCGCCCUUCGACGACGACGCCAUGGACGCGGCGCCGCGCGACGCCUGGGUCGACUGGCACGGCUUCUUCGCCAACGCCUCGGGCCCGGGCGCGCGCGCGGCGCGCGACGUGAACGCCGCGCGGAAGUCGUCCGGCACGUCCACGGGCGACGUCUUCGGCAUUUUGCUCGACGCCGCGGCGGACGCGGGCGCGGCCCUCGCGGGGCCGGACCCCCUCGUCGUGAACGGCAGCUUCGACCUCCUCGCGGAGCGGGACGCGCCGUCGCGCGGCGACGACGACGACGGCGCCGCCGCGUCCGACGACAACGCGUGGAACGCGACGGAGGCGACCUACGUCUACGUGCGCAGCUCGACCCAGCGCACCGACGAGUGCCUCGAGGUGGACGCCUUCGGUUCCGCGCUCUGCGUCGGGUCCGCGCCCCAGCGCCUCGUCGUUCGGCGCGCGCGCGCGCGGGCCGCCGCGCGGACGGACUGGGGCGCGGCCGCGACGGUCUCCGCCGGUUCGUUGACCGCCUUCCGCCCCAACGCGACGCGGGCGAGUUUGCACGUCGCCCUGGCCGACGAGGUCGCCCCCUUCCUCCUCGCGUCCGCGAACAACUCCUGCGUCGCGCUCGGCGAAGAACCGGAGCUGCGAACGUGCGACUCGUCGUCCGAGGACCAGGUCUUCGUCCGCGGCCGCGUGGACGACCUCCCGGUCCUCGCGAGCUACGCCGACGCCGUCACGCCCGGCGCGGCCCUGCGCUGCCUGUCGCUGAGCGGCGCCGCCUACGUCGUCGCGGACUGCGAGACCGCCGGGUCGCUCGACGCCGCGGGCGCGGAGGACGCGCUGAGCUACGCGGCGGGCAUGGAGUCGGCCCUCGUCGAGUUCUUCCUCGAGGAUCUGACGGACGAGACGACGGGCCGCCUCUGCUGGACGGUGGACCGCGGCUCCGCGGCCGCCGCCGACGACGGCGGCGCGCUCUACGUCACGACGGCCGUCUGCGACGCGUUCUUCGACGACCUGGGCAACGCGAGCCGCGCGAACGCGACGGACCUGCUCUGGUCCUUCGCGGCGCUGGGCGGCGCCGUGACCCACGACGCGACGGGCUACUGUUUGGACACGCGCGGCUCCGCGACGGCGCGGAACGCGCGCGUCGUCGCGCGGCCGCCGCCCUGCGACGCGCCCACGGCCGUCUGGCGCCUCGAGACGCCGGCGGACUACUACGAGACGCACGCCGCCGGCGACGACGACUGGGACUGGCGCUGGGAGGCCGUCGAGCACGCCGCGUCGGGGCUCUGCGUCGACGUCCAAUCCGGGUCGACGGCGCCCGGCGCGACGCUCCAGCUCUACGACUGCAACGGCGGCACGGCGCAGACCUUUAGCGUCGUCGAAUACUUCGAAAAGGUGGACAAGCGGCUGGGCGUCUCCGGGCCCGACAUGUUCGCGAACGCGAGUCUACUGGUCGGCGAAACCGUCGUGACGUCCGCGCUCGGCCCGCUCGCGGCCAUCCCGCGGGACCGGCUGCGCGCCUACGCGCGCACGGACGGGGCCACGGACGACGCCGCGGCGCUGGGCCUGGGGCUGCCCGCGGACGCGGCGUUCCACGCGGAGACGACGAUGUCGGUGCGGUUCGCGUUCGGCGAUUUGGGCGAGUGGAUCGUCCAGCGGUCGGGGAGCCCGCUGCUGGACUUUCGGCUGGACCUGGCCCUGGACGUCUGGGCCCUGGCCGUGGACGUGAUCCUCGCGCUGGGCGUCGACGCGAACGCGACGAAGGCCGGCGUCGGCGCGUGGGAAGUCGGCGACGCGUUCUCGCUCGACUGCCUGCGGACGGCGCUCCGGAUCCAGGACGCGCGCUUCGACUGGAUCUACGUCAACUACACGCGCACGCCCGUCGACGUCGUGGCCUCGACCUUCGCCGCGCGGCGGGGCGGCGACCUCAACUACGACCUCGAGGACGACGUCGCCGCGACGAUCAUUCCCGCGACCGUCGACCUCAUCGAGCACGGCUUCUGGGACUUUAGCCACUGCGCCGUCGACGAGUUCGUGCGCACGGACGGGCGGUCCGGGGCCACGGCGGCGGCGCGGCGGGCCGUCGCCGCGACGGCGACGGCGCCGCGCGUCGCGGCGACGUGCGCGGCCGACUGCGCGGCCCGGCCGGACUGGGCGGCCGCGGAGGACGACGGGGCCCUCGUGGCGCUCAACGAAAGCUCGCUCGCGCGGCGCGUCGCGCGCUACGCCAACGGCUUCGACGUCGCGGAGACCGCGCGGUCCCUGGCGACGUACGCGGCGGGCUCGUCCGUCGCGUCCUACGACGACGAGCCCGACGCGGUGUCCGGCACCGCGCGGGACCGCUUCCGCCAGCGCGUCGCCCGCGACGACGACCACCUCAUCGUCGUCGCCAAGGAGGCCGAGGCCGUGCGCAUCAGCGUCAUGGCGACGACGCUGCGGUUCUACGACGUUUUUAUCGCGGACGCGGAUCGUUCCCUGGCGAAUCUCACGCUCUUCCCCGGCGGCGCGAGCGCCCUCGAGACCCAUCAGCGCUUCAACCUCGCCGAGGCCCGCGUGGGCUACGACGCGCCGCCGGACUCGACCGCGGGCCUGUCGGCGGGGCUGUCGGUCGACGUCGAAUCGCCGCUCGGCGACGCGUCCAUCGCGUUCAACGUGACCUUCGAGCGCGUGCGCCUCGACGACUUCGAGGUCGAGGCGUGGGUGGACGGGUCGUCGCUGAACGCGCUGAGCGGCGACGACCUGGGGCUCGGCGAGGUCUUCUCGUCGGCGGGCUCGUUGAGCCUCGAGUGCCUCGCGGCGUCGCUGGAGGGCGUCCGCGUCGUCGACGCGCCGAAGCUCCACGUCGGGUCCGUCCGGGCCCGGGCCUGGAGCGACCGCGAGAACAUCGACGGCGUCGUCGAGUCCGCGGUGCAGUCCGCGGCGUUUCUUAUCGGAGAAUACGCGGACGCGGCCGACAUGCGGACGGAGCUCGUCUGGCUCUUCAACGACGUGCUGGACGCGCGCCUCGCCGACGUCAAGGACGCCUGCGUGGCGCAGCGCCCGGGCGCGCCCGUGGCGGACCGGCGCGACGUCCGGGGGGAGCGGCCCACGGCGAAGGCGCGGCGCGACGCCGAGGGGUUCCACGGCGGCCUGAAGCUGACCUACGAGAUGCUCACGGUCGUCGGGCUCCUCGCGUCCAUGUUCCUGAGCUUCGGGCUCAUCUGGGCGAAGCGCCGCGCGCGGCCCGCGGUGCGGCGCGCGCUGCGGAAACGCGCGCGCGACCCGAAGCCGUCGGCGGACGGCCUCGCGGUCCCGGGGCUCCGCGACGCCGCGUUCGACGACGAGGCCAAGGCCGCGAGCGACGACGACGUUUUGGCGGACCGCGACGGGAGCUUCGUCGUCGAGGAGGCCGUCGGCGACGCGACGGCGAACGACGAGCUCGGGGGCUACCGGAGGCCGCGGCGGCCGUCGCUCAUCGCCGAGGCGCCCCUGCCGCGGCCGCUCAAGGCGCUGCUGCUCCUGGUCAUGGUCUGCAACACGGGUUUGUUAGUCGCGUCGAACGUGUCCGUCGCCGCGGAGGUGCGGCUGCGGCUCAAGUUCUACCUCGAGGGCGCGGGCGAGAAGACCAUCUGGGUCGACACGGGCUCGAAAUUCUCGCUCGCGGAGUCCGUCGAGGAGCUCUGGCACUCGGGGAGCUACCUCCUCGCGCUCCUCAUCGCGCUGCUCAGCGGCGCCUGGCCCUACCUCGAGAUCUUCCUGCUGAUCUGGGGCUACACGCGGUCCGGCCUCGACCCGCGGACGCGCGAGAAGGUCUGGCGCACGGUGGAGAUGCUCUCGAAGUGGUCGUUCAUCGACGUGUUCACGGUCGUCUUUCUCGUCGUGGCCUUCUACGUCCACGCGCCCAUCGACGCGCCGGGCGCGUCCUUCGACUUCGAGACGUUCGUGGAGAUGCGGACGGGGUUCUACGCGUUCUGCGUCGCGACCCUGACGUCCAUGGCCCUCGGCCAGGUCGUGCUCUACCUCCACCGCGAGGUGCACCACUACGGCCGGCGCUUCGGCGACGAGAGCGACCGCGUCCACGACGCGCGGUCCCUGCCAAAGGGCGCGCCCGCGGCCGCGGACGGCGACGACGGCGUCCACGACGCGCGGUCCCUGCCCGAGGGCGCGCCCGCGGCCGCGGACGGCGACGACGACGCCGCGAGCGACGGCUCGAGCGACGGCGGCGACCGCGCGGACGAGGAGCUGGCGUCCCUGAAGACGUCCAUCGUCGAGAUGCUCACGCCCGAGGACCGGAGCGUCGACGACGACGACAUCUUCCCGCGCAUGGAGCCCGUCGCGGCCGCGGCGCGGUGCGCGCCGCUCCGGUCGCACCGGUACAAGGGGCGGCGGCCGCGCUGGUGGCAGGCGGCGGUCGCGCCGCUCUUCGCGGGCGUCUUCGCCAUGCUCGCCUACGCUUUCACCGUCGACGUGAUCCGCUUCGAGGUCGGCGGCGCCGCGGGGUUCCUCAUCGACGAGACGCGGACGGGCGAAGCGACGCGCGACUACUCGGCGGCGGGCGCGAUCUUCGCGCUGCGGGGCUGCACGCCGGAGGACGGCUGGCGGCCCCUCGUGCGGUUCCUGACCUGGGUGUCGGCCAUCUUCGCGUUCCUGAUCCCGCUGGCCCACUGCGUCGUCUUGGUGUUGCUCUACGGCGUCCCGCUGCCGCCGUCGGCGCAGUCGAAGCUGCUCGCGGCGGCGGACGUGCUCUACGGCUGGAGCAGCCUCGACGUUUUUGUGGUUUCCGUCGUCGCGGCGGCGACGCAGUUCGGCGACGUCGCGACGUCGUUGGCGAAGGACGAGUGCAAGGACGUCGACGGCCUCCUCGCGACGUUCUUCGAUUCGACGCUCGGCGACGACGCGUCGUGCUUCACGCUCGCGCUCGAGGUGCUCGACGGCUGCUUCCUGUUGACGCUGGCGUGCCUGUUCCACAUGGUCGCGGGCCACCUGGCGGGCAACGUCACGGCCGCGGCCGUCGCGGAGCGGCUCGAGGAGGCGGCGGCGACCGCGGAGGCGCCCGCGCCGCCGCCGCGGUCCGCGCUGGAGCUCGUCGCGCAGAAGGACGGCGACGCGUCGAAUGAUUACACGACGCGCAUCGGCCACCCCAUCGCCGGCCAGCUGCCCUGGGUCGACGCGACGCACGUCGUCGUCGACGUCGCGCGGCCCUUCACGCUCCGCGCCAAGGGCGCGCGGUCCGCCUGCGAGGCGACGACCUGGACGCUGACGGACGCGGGCGGCCGCGCGGUACGCCUCGACGGCGCGAAGCCCGAGCCCGUCACGCUCGACGCCGCCGGCGCCUACGCGCUCGUCCUCGAGGAGGCGGCCUGCGCGGGCGGCGAGGCGCGGCGCGUCGACGGCGAACUCUUCGCGCUCCACGUGCGCCGGGAGCUCCGGGAGCUGUCGCGGGACGAUUUAGACGCGACGCUCGACGCCAUGGAGGUGCUCUGGCGCGUCGACGGGCCCGCGGGACGCAAAAAAUACGGCCCCAACUACACGAGCGUGCACGAGCUCGCGAACAUCCACCUGCAGAACGCGGGGCAGCGCGACGCGGACCACUUCCACGAGGGAUUUGGGUUCCUCUCGCAGCACGCGAAGAUGUCCUUCGUCUUCGAGAAGGGCCUCCAGGCCGUCGACAAAGCCCUGACGCUGCCCUACUGGGACCAGACCAUCGAGAACGCGCAGCUCUGGCGCGGCGAGCUCGACGACGAGUACCACACGGACAUCUUCUCGCCGCGCAUGUUCGGCACGAUUAACCAUUCCUGGGUCGACCUCGACGCGAGCGACUGGCGCGAGCCCAUGUACGCCAAGUUCGCCAUCCAGGACGGCCGCUGGGCCUUCGAGCGCGUCGGCACGGUCGCGGACGCACCGCCGGGGUCGCCCGCGAACGCCUACGGUCUGCUACGGACCCCGUGGAACCAGAACCCGAGCCCGUACGUGACGCGCUUCGCGACGAACCGCCGCUUCCCGAACUGCAUGAUGGUCUUCGCGGUCGUCAAGCCGCCGCCGCAGCAGGCGCCGGCGCUCCGCACGGCCGCGUGGUGGAUCCGGAACGUCGAAUUCCUACCGCACGGGCCCGCGCACGCGGGCAUCGGCGGCGGCAUGAAGUGGAACACGCAGGCGACAGAGACCGCGCUGCGGCGCUCGGGCCUGGCGAAGCGCGUCGGCGAGCUCGCGGCCCAGCCCAGCGUCGCGCGGACCUUUGCGCAGAUCCAGCCCUUCGCGUCGCACCGCGCGCUGUGGCGGCACCACUUCAUCGACUUUCCGGACGCGUGCGCCGGGCCGGCGACGUCCUGCGUCGCGUCCGUCGCGCCGGGCGUCACCGACGAGGCCCUGGGGCGCGAGAUCGUGCGAGCGCAGCUCUCCGCGGACAUGAAGAACGCCGUCGCGUCGCGCGUCGACGAGCUCGCGACGCCCAGGGGCUUCGGCAAGGUCGGCCGGGCGUUCCGCGACCACAUGGUCGGCUUCCUCUCCGGCGACCACGCGUCCCUCGCGCUGGACCCCUCGUUCUGGCCCAUCCACCCGGCCGUGGAGCGCGUCUACAUGUUCCGGCUCCUCCACGGCGGCUUCUCCAACGAGUCGUGGACCGCGACGGACGACGCGCCGUGCUCCAAGGGCGGGCCCAUGCGCGCGCACCCGGGGGACGCGGCCGACGCGUGCUACCGGCCGGACCGCAAGAACGCGAGCGCCCCGCCGGACGAGUGGGUCGGCGACGGCUGCUGCUACGGCCACCGCGAGCGCGACGGCUGGUACGAGGCGUUCCCGCACAAGACGGGCGGCAUCGAAAACCAGGAGAUGCUCGGCCUGCUCGACGUGCGGACGCGCGGGCCCUUCGUGGACCGCGGCGCGCCGGUCUACCACCACCUGCGCUGGGACCACUGCGAAUGGGCCUGGCGGACGCCGGCCCAGAAGACGUGGACGGGGUCGUGCACGAACGUGAAGGCCACGGCGUCGUCGCGGCCCACGGGCGACAGCGGCAGCGUCGCGCGGUCCCGGGCGCAGUUCCGGUCCCAGCGCACGCACUGCUCGCCCAGGCACGCGCACCGCGCGUCGACGGCCGCGCGGAGCACGGCGCCGAGCUCGCGCGUGAACGUCGUCGACCCCGCCUUCUGGUUCCCGACGUAG